GCGGAGUAAAUCAGAAUACAUACCCUGCGCAGCUCUCUCCGUUCCACCGAUCCACCAACUUCGUCAAAGUUCGCCUUCCCAGCAAGAAAGUACCACCAUGCCGGUCAAAGGGGGGGUCAAGUGCAUCAAAUACCUGCUGUUUGCCUUCAACUUCAUCUUCUGGCUCGCUGGAACAGCGGUCCUGGCAAUCGGAUUAUGGCUUCGAUUCGACAGCCAGACCAAAGCUCUGUUUGAAUCUGACCAAAAUCCCGAGAAAUUCUAUAUUGGUGUCUACAUUUUGAUUGGUGCCGGUGCUCUCAUGAUGUUGGUUGGCUUUCUGGGAUGCUGCGGUGCAAUUCAGGAAUCAGAAUGCAUGUUGGGACUGUUUUUUGUAUUCCUCCUGGUUAUCUUUGCUAUUGAAAUUGCAGCAGGCAUCUGGGGAUUCACAAAUAAGGACAAGGUCGUUGAUGAACUAAAGACAUUUUACAAGGACACGUAUGCGAAGUACAUGCUAAACAGAGAUGGUCCCUUAAAGGAAACCUUGAAAGGGAUCCAUUUUGCUAUGAAUUGCUGUGGAUUGACAGGCACAAUUGAUGCGACCCUAACGGACAUCUGCCCCAAUAAACAAGGAAUACUCAAUAUCCUCGCUGCGCGGAGCUGUCCAGAUGUAAUAGAUGAAGUUUUCACCUCCAAGUUCCAUAUCAUCGGCGCAGUAGGGAUUGGAAUUGCUGUGAUCAUGAUCUUUGGAAUGAUCUUCAGUAUGGUGCUGUGCUGUGCCAUCCGGAACAACAGAGAGAUGGUAUAAUAGAAACACAAGCGGAAAGGUCCUUCCAGAGGAGGGAUUGUACCAAGAAUUUUAGUGUUCUGAAGACAUUUUUUCUAAAAAACAAAAACUAAAAAAUAAAGUUGCCGUGCUGUGUAUUUUAUUCAUUUUAAUGAAGACUUUUUUUUUUUUUUUUUUAAAGCUUUUGUCAGUAUGUCAGAUAUAUAAACCAAUGAUACAAUGGUACACAAUUUGUUGAUAGGUUCAAAGCAUAUAUAUAUAUUGUAUAACUACAGGAGUGUACUCAGAUUUUUGUCUCCCUUUUCUUUAUAGUGGUAAUCAAGAUAUAACUUAUGUUGAACAUAAUUUGGUACAUAUUAACACAAUAAAGUUAUAUACAGUU